GACCGACCUUCACCAGGCUGGAGUGGGGAGGGGAUAAAAGGGGCUAGAGCAGGCGGCUGAGGUUUGGCUGCUGCUGCUGCUGGAGGAGGAACGGGACUGCGGCUGCCCUCUUCGCUCUCGCUUUGGGAAGGCGCGGCGAUCCAGCGGGUGCGGACCGUCACAGCGGCAGGCAGCAUCAGUCAUUCCGCAGAGGGAGGAGAGCCCAGUCGGCGGAGGAGCGCCCGGGGGCGGGAAGAGGCUGUUGCUGCUGCUGGACUCCGGAGGGUGGGGAAGAGCGAGAGGCGGCUCAUUCAUUGCAGCGACAGCCGACUACAAGGAGCCGGCUUGGGGAGGAGCCAGCGCAGGCGAGCCCCAGAUUCCACGCACGAAAGGAAGCCCCGCUGACCCCGCCGCCGCCGCCGCCACUCAAGUUCGAGGCUGCCUGGCUUGCAGCAGAGAGAACAUUCUCGUCGCUCUCGGGUCUUCAUGAAGCAGCGUUCUGGUUGCCAAGAGGGAAGCAGUCCUCCUUGAAACCCAGCCUCAGCGAUGCCCUGGAACGUCAAGUGGUUGAGCAGCUACAGCGGCCACAACUCCCAAUCCCAGAAGCAAUGCAAGAAAUCUUCCUUUGCCUUUUACCAAGCGGUGAGGGACCAGCUGCCCAGCUGGCUCCUGGAGGACAUCCGGCUCAUGGAGGCCUUCCACUGGCAGGAAGGGGGCAAGGUCAGCAUCUACUCCCCUUCCGAGGCCCUCCUCUAUGCCCUGGUGCACAACCACCGGCCUUAUGCCCAUUACCUUCUGAGCAAAUUCCCCAAGAGUGCCCUGGCUGUCCCCAGCCUUCACUUCAGCUGCUGCCACUCAUCCGCACCCCACUUGGCCAUGGCUGUCCGAUAUAACCGCAUCCACAUCCUCCUAGAGAUCCUGAAGGCCAUCAGAGACUUCCCGGCAAGCGAGCGGGUCCUCUAUUUGGACCGCAGAGGGUGCAGCCGUGUGGAAGGUGGCAAGACUGCCCUUCACGUGGCUUGUGAACUGGCGAGGCCUGAAUGUCUGCUCUUGCUGCUGGGCCACAGGGCAUCGCCCUGCCUGAGCGACUGCACCGGCAACACACCUUUGGACCUCCUCCUGCAGCAGAUCUGGGAGAGCCCGGCAGCCAGCCUGCGGGCCAAGCUCCUCCUCCUGGACUCCCUGCUCCUCUUUCUACCUCCAGGCUUCCAUUUUGCAAUGAAACAGCAGCUGUUGGAUGACCAACAGCAAUGGCAGCACCUUUUAGGCAAGCACCGGUUCCAGUGGCUGGUGGGCCUAGCGCCAUCUUCCCUCUUUGUUCGAUCCAUGCAAGUGUUAAUUGGGACCAUUUCACCAGACCAGUUUCCAGAGGCCCUGGACAGCCUGCCUUUGCCGCACUUUCUGAAGCCUUUGGACUUGAAACUGAAAAAUUAAGGAUGUGUGCUAGAGACCUCUGCCCCUCUCCCCUCCCCUGCAAUUCCUGCUUGUGUGGCGAAGAUAGGUUUGGGCUGUUUGUGUGGGAAACUGAUGCGUUUAAUAUUAAAAACUGUGCGGGAGAGGGGGAGAGUGCUUGUUUUAAUUAGAACCUUUUUUUUUCAAAAGACUGAACUUGGCAUUGUGUUUUAUUUAAAUGUCAUCCAGGCAGGGGGUGGAAUACCCACAGUGCCUUUUAAAGACAGAGUUUUCGUUUUAUGAUCUUCGUGUCUUAAGGCUGACUUGGGUGUGCAGAAUUGUCGGCUGGCUCAAAUGAAUGAACAGAGCAGGUCAAUAGUGACAUUUAGACUUUGCAAAAAAUCACACAGGAUAGUAGCUGUGGCAGUCUGCACCUAGUCUCAUUUCCUGGUGCAAUCUAGGCUCUUCUUCCAGACGUUUUAAACACAAAAACUGGCACCUCACAGAGUUAGUACCAACCUUACAGAGAUUUCCUGUAGCAUUCGCAAAAAUAAUCUGGGUUAGUAUGUUGGGGUUUUUUCCAUUUGUUUGUUUGUAAUUGAGCUUUAACAGAGUUUUAAACAGAAACAUGGAAUCUUUCCAAACAGUAAAAAAUUAGAGUAGAAUUUAUGUAAUCUCAUAGCACAUAGGUUAAUCAAAUAACUGGUACACUUGGUUUCUUUUCUUUUGUACAUACCAGUAUAUUGCAAGAUAAUCCCAUUUCCCAUUGAAGGAGCUUUUACUUAGCCUUCAUUGAUAUGAAUAUUAGCACUUUCCAGAGAAAACUAAGCAUACUUGAAAUCUGUGGAGGGAGAGAUGAAUGCUCUUAUAAGAAGAUCUGUUCCUUUAUCCCAUGACUGUUAAAUCUACUCAAGAGCCUUGAGUGAGGAACUCUGUCAAAAUAGUUUUGAAAGUCCAAAUACUCAGUGUCAUAAGAACAGCCCUGCUGGAUCAGGCCCAAGGCCUCUCUGGUCCAGCAUCCUGAUUCCCACAGUGACCCACCAGAUGCCUCUGAGGAGCCCACAGGCAAGAGGUCUGUGCAUGCCCUCUCUCCUGCUUUUGUUCCUCUACACUGGGUAUUUAGAGGCAUCUUGCUUCUAAGGCUGGAGGUGGCCUAUAGCCAUCGUAGGCUACCUGUGAGAGGAGAGCUGGUCUUGUGGUAGCAAGCAUAACUUGUUCCCUUAUAGCUAAGCAGGGUCUGCUCUGGUUACAUAUGAAUGGGAGACUAGAUGUAUGAGCACUGUAAGAUACUCCCCUCAUGGGAUGGAGCCGCUCUGGGAAGAACAGAAGGUUCCAAAUUCCCUCCCUGGCAUCUCCAUGAUAGGGCUGAGAGAGAUUCAUGCAUGCAGCCUUGGAGAAGUCACUGCCAGUCUGUGAAGACAAUAUUGAGCUAGAUAGACCAAUGGUCUGACUCAAUAUAUGGCAGAUUCCUAUGUUCCUAGUAGCCAUUGAUAGACCUGCCCUCCAUGAAUUGGUCGAAGACCCUUUUAAAGCCAUCCAAGCUAGUGGCCAUCACCACAUCCUGUGGCAGAGAAUUCCACCUCUGCCUACAUGCCUGUUGACAUUCAAGAUCACUCAAGUUAGUGGGACAGGUCUUAUCGUUGCCUCCUUUAUUCCAUGCCGAGUCAUAGAAUCGUAGCAUUAUAGAGCUGGGACGGACCAUAGAGGUCUUCUUGUGCAACUCUUGCUCUGUGCAGGAAUCUGUUACGGCUUCCCUGACAGAUGGCUGUCCAGGCUCUCUUUGAAAAUCUCUUCAAAGAAGAGGCCACCACUGUAUGAGGGAGACUGUUCAACAGUUAAGAUUCUCCUUCUACAAGGCUUAUCUUCUAAGUGCUUUAUAAUUUUAUCUUUAACUAUGCUUUCAAACAGUUUACUCGGACAGAUGUUAAACUAAUCAGUCUAUAAUUUUUUCAGUCCCUCCUGGACCCUUUUAAAAAUUCCUGUUACAAUGGCUACCUUCCAGUCCUCUGGUACAGAGGGAGAUUUUAGAGACAAAUUACAUAUUUUUUGUGAGAAGAUCAGCAAUUUCACAUUUGACUUCUAGAAACUGGAUGCUGUCUGGACCUGGUGAGCUGUUAAUUUUUAAUUGGUUGUCAUACUCUAGAGCAGGGCUUCCUGAACCUUUUAAACAAGUGUACCCCUUCUGUUGCAAACCUUCAGCUCAGGUACCCCAUAGAGAUUUUUAGAAUGUUUGUACACACACAUGUACAAAUUUAAAUGUUGCACCUAUGAGACAGGCUAUUCCAGUCUCUGGUUUAUAUCCAGAUUAAGUUACUCAGGAGUACUCCCACUGAAAUUAAUGGAACAAGUAAACAUAUUCCAUUGAUUUCAAUGGGAGUACUCAGCGCUAAUUUUCUGAAGCCUGCUAGUCAGGCUGAGGGGAGGGGUGCACCGAGCUUCAGCAUGUAGCCAGCCAGUCAGAAGCAGAAGAGGCAGGUCUUCACACUCCUCCCUCCCCUUCUGCAGUGGACACAUUGGCUUCAAACCAGUAAUCCCCAGAUGAAGAGCAAAUAAUGUUCUUUGGGAGCCCUUCAAGAACCUUCUGUUGGGAACCCCUGCUAUAGAACAUCAUCUCUUAUCACCUCUAUUCAACUCAUUGCAAGCUGCCUUCCUAAGAAGGUCAGCCCAGGCUAUAUAGAACAUAAGAACAGCCCUGCUGGAUCAGGCCCAAGGCCCAUCUAAUCCAGCAUCCUGUUUCACACAGUGGCCCACCAGAUGCCUCUGGGAAGCCCACAGGCAAGAGGUGAGGGCCUGCCUUCUCUCUUGCUAUUGCUCCCUUGCAACCGGUAUUUAGAGGCCUCUUGCCUCUGAGGCUGGAGAUGGCCUGCUCAACUCUGAUGGAUGGAGAUGGCUUGCUCAACUUUAGCUCUCCUGCAGAUGUUGGCCUACAACCCCCCUAAUCCCUGGCUAUUGGCCACUAUGUCUGGGGAUUAUGGGAAUUGUAGUAGUCCAAAAACAGCUGGGGGCCAAAGUUGAGCAGGACUGGCCUAUAGCCACCACAGUAGUAGCCAUUGAAAGGCCUGUCCUCCAUGAAUUUGUCUAAGCCCCCCUUAAGCAAGUGGCCAUCACCACAUCCAAGCAAGUGGCUAUCACCACAUCCAGUGUCACAGAAGUCUAUAGAAUAAUUAUGCACUGUGUGAAGAGGUACUUACUUCUGUCCAUCCUAAAUCUCCUGACCUUCAGUUUCAUGGAAUGGUCCCUGAUUCUAGUGUUGAGAGAGAGGGAGAAAAAUACUUCUCUGUCCACUCUCUCUACUCCAUGCAUAAUUUUAUAGUCCUCUGUCAUGUCUCCCCAUUGUUGCCUCUUUUCCAUACAAAAGAGCCCCAGAUGCUGUAGCCUUGCCUCAUAAGGAAGGUGCUCCAGGCCCCUGGUCAUCUUGGUUGCCCUCUUCUGCACCUUUCCCAUUUCUGCAAUGUCCUCCUUAAGAUACAGUGACCAGAACUUUACGCAGUACUCCAGGUGUGGCCGCACCAUAGAUUUGUAUAAGGGCAUUAUAAUGCUAGCAUUCUUAUUUUCAACCCCCUUCCUAAUGAUCCCUAGCAUGGAAUUUGCCUUUUUCACUGCUGCUGCGCACUGAAUAGACACUUUCAGUGAGCUGUCCAGCACGACUCUCUUCACUACAAAUAUAGGGCAGAUAUAUCAUAUAGGUGUAACUUCUGUAGUGAAGGCAAAUGUACAACAUUCAUUCAGCUUUGCUGCUCCUUAAGCAUCCUUUUCACUCCCUUUUCAUCUAGCAGUUCAACAACCUCUCUGGCAGGUUUCCUGCUUAAGUACUCAAAUGUGUUUUCUAUUGUUUGCCUUGACAUUUUUAGCCAUACCCCCUCAAAUUCUUAUUUUGUAUCCUCCUUGGUCACCUUACAUUUCUUUUUCCAGAGUGUGUUCCUUUUUGUCCUCCACAUCUGGUCAAGACAUCCAUUUCCAAAAGGAAGCCUUCAUACCUUCUGAAGCUUCAUUGACUCUACUCGCUAAGCAUGCUGGCAUCUUCAUGGACUUGGUAGAACCUACUCUGUGAAUAGGACUCUCCAACUCUGUAGUAUACAUUUUAGCUGAGCUUCUGUCACAGUGGUUUUAAAUCAUCUCCACAACUUCUGGAGAGAUGUGAUCCUCUUGACUUUUCUUUGCAAUUUCCUUUUUACCAGUCCCCUCAUUUUGGAGAAACUUAUACAGUCAUCCCUUGCCAACCGCAAGUUUCCCAAUCGUGGUUUUGAGUAUCCGCGACUGGGAAAUUGUAGCUGGUCUUGCCACCCGUGGCCUGAGUAGCCACGGUUUGGUGAGAUUGUUUGGUGUGUGUGUGUGUGUGUGUGUGUGUGUGUGUGAUUUCCGGGGCUCAGGGUGAUUUUCAGGGGUCCAGGACUGAUUUUUUCAUUUUCAACUGUAUUUUGCUGUCUUUUCACAACUGCAAUUCCCCUAACCCCGUUUCCCAUUGGUUUUAAUGCCUCGCCAGCUAUGAAGUUUUCCCGGAACCCUUGCGGUUGGCGAGAGAUGACUGUAUCCCCAAUAAUAAAUUACAGUUUGGGCCAGGUAUUACCACCCACAAUGA